AUGUCUUCUUGGGUCCAUGCAAGCGUAGAUAGUGUGCGUGGUAAACAUCAGAAGGGAGAUGCACUAUGGGUACGUGUGAAAAAUUUGUAUCACGAAGCUCAAGCAGAAAAUCCAGCUGAAAUUAACAAAAGAAAUGUGGAUUCUAUGAAGAGUCGAUGGAAACGACUUAACGAAAAUGCAAACAAAUGGGUGGCUGCUUGCAGAGAAGCAAACGCGCGAAGGAGGAGUGGAAUGAGCGACCAAGAUGUUAAGAAUGAAGCUCAUAGCAUCUACCAAGCAGGAGGCGGCAACAAAUUUCAAGAUUUGAUAGUGUUUAAUGAAGUUAUGAGCAAACAUCAAAAGUGGAGCAUUCAUGAUACAACACAGGUAUUUCCUGACAAUGAAAAUGUUGGUUAUGAACAGGAUGAUAGCAAUUCAAAGAGGACAAAGACUUCUGAAUCUGGCGAGUAUACUAUCCCUUCAAAUCCGGAAACUCCUACAUCUCCAUUCAACUAG